CCGCCUUGGAGAUGGGCGUGGUGGUGGCGCCGUUGGACGAGUCCAGACCGCUGCCCCCGAGACCCCGAUCGAAUGGCAUGUGGUUGCUGCGUCACCAAAUGUUCAAGCUAUUCGACAAAUGCAGCCAAGUCAUGCUCAAACAACUGGGCAACCGCGACAUGGAUAUUGACAUUUUCCACACGUUGGUCAAAAGGAGUACGACGAUGAUCCACCCCAACUCCAACUUUCGACGACUAUGGGAUGUCUGGACCGCGCUGAACGUGGUCAUCGUGUGCACGAUCAUGCCGCUGGAACUUGCGUUCGACCAUUACAUGGAGGCGCAGUCGUGGACAGAGCCCCUGGAACUGUUUAUGGAUGUGUAUUUUGUCCUCGACAUGCUACUGAGUUUCCGCACGGGGUACAUAGAGAGUGGCGAGAUCGUGAUGGACCCAAAGGAAGUGUCCCAUCACUACAUGUGGUCGUGGUUCGUUGUGGACAUUGUGUCCAACUUUCCGUUUCGGUUUGUGCUCACGUCGACAGCCAAUCCCAAGUCGGUCAAGUUUCUCAAACUACAAAAGAUCCCCAAACUGCUGCGCUUCACCCGCCUGUUAAAGUACAUGCGCCAAUACGCGAAAUACUACAAGUUUGUGCUCACGCUGUGCGUUAUGGCCGUGAGUUUGCACUCGUUCUCAUGCAUAUGGGUAUAUGUGUACUUUUUAUGCGACCACGACGAUGCCUCAAACCCCAAUUCCUUGUGCGAUCUAUCCACCCUCGAAAUAAGCCCAGUGUACCUGGAAGCCCUCACAAAUGUUGUAUUGCUGUACAUGGGAUUUGGCCAGCAGUCUACGUAUCAAUCGAUUACGUCAGUGUUGGCGUCGCCCGAUGUAAAAGCGUCCGAGGGCAGCUACCUCUUGAGUUUGGGCAUCAUCUUUCUCGGCAUGGCCACCAUGUCUGUCAUGAUUGGCAACGUCAUCUCCAUCAUCAUCAGUUGGGAUCAACAAAGCGCGACGUUUCGGAAUCGCAUGGACGUGAUUUCGGCGGAAAUGCGCCAUUACGACCUCCCCAUGGACCUCCAGCGUCGCGUCCGCCGCAACUACGACUACCUUUGGCUCAAUCAACGCGCGUACUCGGAAAUGAGCAUUCUGAAUCAACCGGGGAUCUCGCAGCCCACGCGCACCACUAUCGCGCUGCACUUGUAUCGCGACUUGAUCGAAUCGGUGCCGUACUUUGCAGGCGAAGACUCCAAGUUCCUCGGCCGUGUCUGCCUCGCACUCAAAACGGCCGUGUACUUGCCCGAUGACACGAUCAUCCAGGAGGGUGACACGGGGCGAGAGAUGUUCUUUGUUCGGCGGGGCUUGGUCAACGUCGAAGUCCCCACGGGCCCCCCGCACAUUCAGCUCAAAGACGGCGACUUUUUUGGGGAAAUGGCGCUGGUCGUAGACGUCCGACGCACCAACACUGUGCGUGCCGUGACUAUUUGCGAUCUGAAUGUGCUCAGUAAAAACGCAUUUGACGACAUUUUGGCCGAAUUUCCAAACUUUUUCGACAAAAUCAAACGCGUGGUGAUCGAACGCCAACUCAACAACAUGGUACACGGACAGAUGGAUGAAGGCGACUCGAGCAUUUUAGUCACACCCCAUGCAGUUGAUAUUUGUCAAAGAUAUAUGUAUUCAGUUGGGGACCACAUAAUAUUCUUUGCCUCGAUAGCACAUUACGUCACCGAAAGACAAGGCCAUUAUCGAAGCCGAACUCAACGACGUCGUAAAUGAAACCGCCAAACGGCGUAAGAACGACACGACGUCGCCGUACUGGCACGUCCUGAACGCGAAACGGGUCGGCAACAAGCUCAAGGACAUCUCGGACAAGGUCCGUCUCGCCCAAGAGCGCAAGCCCCGUUUGUCCACGGUCAUGUACCGGCCUCGGGGGCGACUCUCCCGGCCCAGCGCCGUGUCCAAGGGUUCCACCACGUCUAAGAGGUCGAUUGCCAACCCCGCGUCGAUUGGCCGCCUGCUCGAAACCAUCGACGUGCCAAUGGACGACCAGCGCCGUCAGAUCGUGGACAACAACGGCAUUCCAGACAAAUCCCCGAAAACACACGACGAGGAAUUGCUGCCCCCCACGGACAACUCGGUGAGCCGACGCAAAACCGUGCCCAAGGACCCCAUGUCCAAGG